GCGGGACACUGGAGGACUACAGUGACGUGUGUGUUUGUGGGUGGGGUAGUUCUGAAAAUACGCCAAGCGGGACACUGGAGGAGCACGGAAGGAGGUCCAAAGGGUCCACGUGGCUGUCGAGGUCCAGAUUGGUUCCGCGCCAAGUCCGUUACGAGCGAGAAUGUUUUUCGGUCAGGGCGAAAGAAGGCAACAGGUAGCUUUACGGGGGAGAAGCCGACCCGAGCCGACCAAGGAGGAAGUACUUCGGAGAGCUGCCGAACAAAAAGCUGCUAGGAGUCGAGGACGCAAAGAACAUAAAUCUGCCCAAUGUAUUCAGAGGUUUGUGCGAGGUUACCUUGCGGCGUCUCACUGGAAAGACCAGCUUCGACAUGAGCUAGAUUUCUGGCUAGCGCCUUUCGCAUCGCCCUCAUUGGUGGCAUCAAUUGCCCUUCCCUCUUGUCCUCCCUCCCCUCAGAGGGCCACUGCGGACACAGUUCCCUCAGCUAUAAGAGAUGCACGAUUCACGACAAUGUGUGAAUCGGGGGGAAGCCUUACCCCGUCGGCGAGCAUCCCGCCGUUGCUGUCUAUGUUCUCUUCACUACAUCCAGCCCCCCCCCUGGCCGUCUCGAGGGACAAGCAAAUGACUUCCCCCCCCUCUUGUCCUGAUGUACCAUCUCCCAACACCAUCGCAGCAACCCCAUCAACAGCUGCAGGCUCACCUGUAGCGACGACGCCAGUGACUUUUUCAAGUUUACCGUCAACGACGCCUGUCCCCGGCGGGUGGUUGGCCGGUUCGACCUGUUUCUCAACUCAGGCCAGCACGAGUUCUGCGGCAAGUUCUUCAGUGACCAAGAACCAGCCUCUCACAGCCCAUGAGAUAGCGCGGCAUAUCCUAGCACCCGUCCUUUUCAUCUUGCGACCGAGGUCAAGUUUGGCGUGGCGUAUUGUUGAGGGGUCGGGAGAUGCUGAGCGCCUGACUACCGCAUUCACCCUUCUCUUGAAGAGCAUUUCCAAUACCGAUCCUGUGAUGAAUUACUGCACAUUGGCAGUGGGUAGUUCAUCAGAUCGUGCCACCUGGCGGUAUCAGAGUCGCCGAUUGUUCUCGUUGUGCUGCGCCCUUCUUGUGGGAGACAAAGUAUGGGUUGAGAAAAACCGUAAAAGCCUUCUGGCUGACAGGAAUGAUCCUCACUUUGAUGGGAGGGAGGCAGAGCGAGGGAAGAGCAGCAAGGAUGUACUGGUGCAUGUCUUGAGAUUGAUGCUGGAGCUAAGCAAUGCAAAACUUUGGAAGUGUUUCGCUCAUCCGCAGAGGGCGGUGGGAACUCCAGGUCGUGUUACGAGUGACGAUGAGGUCAUGCUCGGGGGGAACGAACUUGCUUCAAAUGUGGUCCCUGUGAUCGGGCAAGCUGAAGUGCCUGUCAGAGAGCUACUUUCGUGGCUUGCUGAGGGGCAGGCUGGAUUGUACCCAGCGUUGCGGAGUUAUGUAUUACUGAAUUGCCCCAUACGGGAGGAUGGUGAGCGCGACAGGCAGGCAGAAGCGAACAGGGGGAUGUUGUCUGUGGAGGGAGCGAAAGUCGCACUCACGAUUGGCAUGAGAGUUGUUAUUGUCCUGUGUGAGGAGCUCGGCAAGGUGGGGGAGAGACCGCCCGACCUAGUUACCAGCACUGACACCAUGGAGUAUUUGCCUGGCGCUGAUUCAGAUCAUCCGUCUCCUUUCAUGUCAUCGACUUCGUCGGGUGCUGCUGCGGCGCGUGCUUCAGCUCAGUUGACUUGGUAUUUGCUGACGAUUCCCCUGCUGACAAAGCGCAUUCCACUGGAGUUGCUUCCAAGGUUCCGGCAUCCAGCGGUGCUGAGCUCAUGCCUACGCACUCUUCGGGUGCCUCUUCAGUCAUUGGGAAAGGUUGCAAGCAGAUCCAGCCCUUAUGGAGCCUUCCUUGAGGAACAUGACUCGCCGACUUCGGCUCCAGGAGGAGAGUACUCUUUGCUUCAUCCAAGUGCAUGGGCAUUGUUCAAUGUGCUCUCAUUAGCUCAUUCACGCAGUGGAGGAACACGCGGUGUCAGAGGCUUCAUUCCAGGAGUUGUGCUGGGAGAGUACGUGCAUGCUGUGUGCAACUUGCUGGAUGAAUGGCUGGCCUUCAUGGAGGAGGAGCAGCAGUUGGGAAAGGGGGCAAAUUGGGGAACCGAUAACGAGGGGGAUGGUGGGGAGAUGCCCAAGCUGAAGCUUCCUCCUGUGGUUGAAGACGAUAUUUGCGUCAUCGUACAGCAAUGGCAUAUUGCAUGUUUGUUUGAGAAAAUGCUGCAGUUAGAUUUCCAGCCGGGCGAGGAACGCUAUGACGUUCAGCACCUUGGCCACAUGUACCUUGGCUGGCUGCUAGUCCUUUCCUGGGAAGAGUCUAAGGUCGGAGGAACAUUGCCACUCUUGCAUGCACUUGCGUUCUCGCGAAUCAUGCGUCCAAUCUUUUGGGAGUGGUUGGAACGAGAGAUGGGGUUGGCCGAUGUAGGUAAAAUGGAGGAUCAGUGGGAGGUCCCCUCUACCAAGAAGGGAGUGGAAGGAUUGUCGAGAGAUGUGACAGCGGUUCUAGGAGUGUUCUGUGCUGUGUACGCACAUUUGUUGAUGGUCGUGGAUGACAGCGAGUUCUACGAAAAGCAGGAACCAUUCAAUUUGGAGAAGCAUAGAGUGAUUGCUGCUACCCUCAACAGCCUAGUGUACAAUUCUUUGCAGCCGUUAAGUUCUUCUGCGGGAACAGUCUCUGGCCGUUCUUCUGGUGGAUCAGCUGGUGCAUCCUCCUCCUCGGUCCCAACCUGGCCUGGUCGAGCACUGCAGCAUACAUUUCUCCUUGAUGCGACUACAAAACUUCUACGGUCCCUGUAUGAGCGUGACUGCCGUAGGCCGUUCUGCCCGCCAUCUCUGUGGCUAGCACCAGCAGUAGCUUCGCCACCGGCGGUUUCAGCAGAGGGGAAUAAAGGGAAAGACGGUCCUAUACUGGACCUUGUCCUAUCGAGCAUUCCUCACGUGCUUCCCUUUGAGCAAAGGGUACUGAUCUUCCGCAAGCGCGUCAAUGACGACAAGAUCCAGCAUGGCCAUGGGGAGGGGGGGCUGGGAACAAGGACCCGAGUCCACAUUGAAGUGAGAAGGGAUAGGAUAAUGGAGGAUGGCUUUGCGCAAGUGAACAAGCUCGGUUCGAAAAUGAAGGGUCGAAUUAGCGUUUCCUUUGUGAAUGAGCAAGGCUUGGCUGAAGCCGGAAUUGAUUACGGUGGCGUGUUUAAGGAAUUCCUCACGGACCUUGCAAAGACUGCGUUUGAUCCAAGAUACGGGCUGUUUGUGCAGACGGCGACUGAGGAGGGGCUACUCUACCCCCAUCGAGCUGCGGCAUCUCUCGAAAUGGGCUUGCCAAUGAUGGAGUUCUUGGGACGGAUUGUCGGGAAGGCGCUGUACGAGGGCAUCCUGCUUGACUACAACUUCUCGCCGCUGUUUGUCGCCAAGCUGAUCGGCCGUUACAGUUUUAUUGACGAGCUUGGAUCACUGGAUGCCGAGUUGUAUCGUAACCUUAUGUACCUGAAGCAUUAUGAAGGGGAUGCAAGGGAUCUGGCUCUUGAUUUCACUGUUAAUGAAGAACUCUUUGGCAAUCGAAUGGUGAUUGAGCUCCGACCGGGUGGCGCAGACAUUCCUGUCACCAACGAGAACAAGCUUCAGUAUGUUCAUGCCAUGGCAGAUUAUCGGCUUAACAAACAGAUGAAACAUGUGACGUCUGCUUUUGUCAGAGGCUUGUCAGACCUGAUAGAUCCGAGGUGGCUCCGCAUCUUCAAUGCAAGGGAAUUCAACCAGCUUCUCUCAGGUGGAACCCAAGACAUUGAUAUCGAAGAUCUGAAGGAGAACACCAGAUACACAGGGGGGUAUUCAAGUACCAGCCGAACGAUCCAGUACUUCUGGGAUGUUGUCUCUCAGUUCGGAAAAGAGGAGAAAUGUGCGCUGCUGAAGUUUGUUACAAGUUGUUCGCGCCCACCUCUGUUGGGUUUCCAGCAUCUGCAGCCGUCCUUCACCAUUCACAAGGUUCCUUGUGAAACUCCAUCAUUCUGGACUGUGAUUGGUGGACCGGAUGUUGACCGCCUUCCAUCUGCUUCAACGUGCUACAACACUUUGAAGCUACCGACCUACAGACGUGCAGCAACUCUGCGGGAGAAACUGCUUUACGCAAUCAUGUCUAAUGCUGGCUUUGAGCUGUCAUGAGUGAGGAGAUAUCCAAGGGGUGGAGGGAUGGAUGAUGGCAAUUUGCGAGCUCCUGAAGGCUGCCAAAAGCCCCUGAAAUCCCUCCUGAUGUUGGCAUGCGUAUUCUUCAUCCAGCUAAUGAAAACGGUCGGGGGUGGAAGUGUUUUUCUUCUCAGCAUCUGAUCGGGCCACACAAUGACCCACCCACCGGAUCAGAGUCGUGAUGCCACAAGCCCAUGAAGUGCCUCCCUGAAGUGCCUCCUGAUGAAUGCGUAUUCUUCACCCAGCUAUCGAAAACGGCAAGGGAUGGAAGUGUCUUUCUUCUCAGCACCAAGAGCUAGUCCCUCUGCUGUAACUCUUAGCAUUGGGCCUCACGACGACUCGCCCAUCAGAUCGGAGUCAUGAUACAACAGACAGAUGUGUGACCUCUGGUUCAGAGGCUGUGUUCAUCAUAUCUUCAGUGUUCGGCUAUCGACUCAAUGGAGUUUGUUACAGACAUAGCUAGCUGUGCAACACCACCUGCCCGACGUGACGUUUUCGGCCCGUGGCAACCUCUUUGGACGCUGCAGCAGCUAUUUUCGCAUCCGUGGUAUUCACGACCACAGUCAGGUUUUUCAAGCUGUUGCGUAUUGCAAGACACUUGAGAGGGAAGAGCACACGAGUGUUCGCCACACAAUUGUGAAGGUAUGACCUGCUAGAUGCACCCGUAGCCACGAAGUCCGGGUCCCAUCGACGUCAGCUUGCCAGAUGAUUGACAAGGUGGAGCACAUGGAAUGGCACCAAACACAUCAAGCAGUCUUGGGCGACUGGAAUUCAGCUUUAGGCACCGUCCGUGUGCAUGUGGCAGGCAGUUAAUGGAGAAGAAGAACUGAGAUUCCACACCCAAGUAGAAGCGAAUGAGCGCGGUGGUCAUGUGUUGGUGCCGAGGUCCUGGCGAAUGAGCGUGGUUGCAGCUGAUGCGGAGGAGGACGGUCUGUGAUAACUUGUGUUCUUCUUAAGCAGUCUCAAGGUAGCACAGGGUAAGGUGGGGCUUGCCACAGGUGGGCAUUCCGACCAGUGAAGGUUAGCUGUCAUGGCGCCGUGGAGGAGGUUCUCAUCAGGGUGGCAGAUGAAAUUGGUAUGAAUUUGAUGGGAUGGACAUGGGUGGAAACCGUGGAAAUGCAGCCCCUUGUGGGGACAGCUACCGUGGUUCGAUGAGCGGAGUCCUUGCCGGGGCCAUCAAAUGCGGUGGGAUGCAUAUGGUUGGAAUUGCAGUGCAAGUUCAUGUGUGCCGUACUCACCAGGAAGCUGUCGUCAGCUUUUAGCAACCAGGGUGUGAAUGGCUAGGAGGGAGAGCGAAAUGCUAUGGGGGCAUGGAGCAUCCAAAGAGGUGAAAUGCACUUCAUUGAAAGGACCCCAAAAUGGAAGGAGCGGAAUGGAGGGAGGGAAGGUCUAUGAGAGAUUUGUGUACAUGGGAUGUUGCUUCUAUGAUGUCUAUGUCAGUCCUAUUGUCAGUACAGGGCUGCAUUUUGCAAACAUUUGCUUAAAUCAUACAGAACAGAAAUGGAUAUUGUCAGACCAAUCUUUGUACGAGGGAGGAACAAACAGCAACAGAAAUUAAGAACAACAAGAAAGAAUAUGCCACGAAGCUCGCCUUCGGGUCCUCCUGUUACGGGUGUAGUACGGCUGCAGGAGGGAACGAUACACAUACAGGCGUUCGCAAGGUGCAUAGUGGAAGUGAAAAGAGUAGACGGAGACGGAAUGACCGUGCCUCAAUCUAGAUGGUCAAGCCAAGGAAAGAACUUGCUCACUCACAGUGGCAAGUGUCUGAUUUAUGAGACCCAGAGCUGGGUUGCCCCUUCGUCGUUCUACAGUGACAUCUGUUUGAUAGGCAACUAUUCGGGAAUAUCAUUUGCAAUUGCGUAUGCACGUGUGCAUGUGUGCAUGCGUGCAUGUGUGCGGGUGUGGGUGUUGGACCACAAAUGGAUAGAUGGAUAGGUAGGUAGGUAGGUAAGUAGAUAGGUUGAUAGAUAACUUAGAGAGAUAGAGAUAGAUAGGUAGGUAGGUGGUCUAUUAAUUUCAGGAGGAAUAUUUGUAUAUAGAGCAGAUGGUGGACUGGGCAAAUGUUGGGCCAUCUUCCCAGGUGAUCAUUUAUAUCUGGAAGCCUGAGUUGUAGAGCCCAGCCAUAUGCCUUCCAGUACAAGAGUGGGCUGGUCAGCGUGCACUGGCCGACUACGGGUGUAGGUGCGGCUGGACGUUGACUGAUGCGUCGUGCCUUGUCACUGUAGGUGGAUAGGGUGGAUGAUUAUGGUUUUGUUUGCUGGUCGGGAUGAGGAUUCCGACGGGGAGAAAAGGUUAGGGAGGGAGGAGAGUGGGGAGGGGCGAUGGGGAGGGGUGAUGGGGAGGGGAAGGUGAAUGUUACAAGACCGUAUUUCCCUCAGGUUUGUCAGAUGAAUGGGUCCACUGGUAGUCUGUGUCAGGUCGAGCAAUACAUUAGACGAAUAGCUGACUCCGAGCAGCCACCUCAAUUUGAAAUGGGCACUAUCAAAAUAGGUAUCCAUUGUAUGUGGUCAUGAUUAUGUCCUUUUGGACGCAAGGUCAUACGGAUUCACCCCCUCUAGUUGCUCAACAAGGGUUGAGAUUGUUCCUGUUGUGCAUUCAUCCGUCCGUUUUCGACACAAAACGGACCCUGUCAUAACCAAUUUGCGAUUGAUGAGGUACAGAAUAUGAAAAGAUUAGAAAGAGGGAUUGAUGGUGGGCAAUGAUGCAGGUUUUGUGCAAAGAGGGAUUUGAUCGUCGGCUGUAAUAAAUUCUGUUCAUUUUUUUUGCUCUCCAUCAAGGCUCAGGUAAGUGAUAUACUGAGCACAUGCUUUGACAUGCUUGGACAAACUCUGUGCCAGCAAUGUGGAGAAGUGGGUGGCAAGUUUCCAAACAGGUUCUUUUCUAUUCUUCAUUUUCUGGGGACCCUUUCCUUCACUUUCUGGGGGCCCAAGUUUGCGGACCUAAUGACGUCAUCAAAAGCAUCUGUUUGAAGUGUUGUUUGUUUCUGGAUGUUUUUUUCUUUUGUGUGUGCUAAUGCGGUGAGGAGAUGGAGAAUAGCGCUGCCCAUGGUAAACCACCGGUACUUGGCCCAGCUACGGGCCGCGGACAAAAAUAGAGUAGAAACGUUUCUAGUCGGAUGAAUUUGGGCGCUCCUGUAGUGGCCGGUACGUUUCCUAAAGCCGUGGCUUGUUAAUGGGCACGACUGUAGGAAGUACUGGUGGUUUCAAUGUUCAAAAUUCAAAUCAUUUGUCUUGUCUUUUUCUCGUUGAAGAUCCUUUUGAAAAGAACGAUAUCUCUACAGCCCUUACACUUUCUAGGGGGCGAAGUUUGCGGACGUA